AUGACAAACGGUCAGCAGGAGGAGUUCAAAGAAAGACAGCAGAGACCGGUACAGUACUAUGACACCUCUGCCAAGUAUCUCACAGAGUCGCAUCAAGAUGACAAGGUGAGACUUCAGCCACUCACAGGACAGAAACAGUGGUGGCAGAGGGCAACAGUAGUCAGACCUGUGGCGCAAAAGUCCUACGAGGUGAAGACAGAACAGCUACAGGUCAUCAGGAGGAACAGGAGACACCUGAGGAAGAGCAGAGAAGUAGAGGAUUACUUCCCCACUGUUGCGGAGCCUGGCACAGAGCCAGAGGAAGGGGACAACCUGAUCUUCAGAAACGAGAUCACGUCCUUUGACGACUCCAGUGACGUAAUCACCAGGAGGCACAAGGUUGAGAUCAAGUUCUCCUGCAUCUACUCCAAGAGGGGCAAGGUGAGCCUGGAAUUCCUGGCCAACAAGAUUCUGUACAUUUUCCGAGAGAAGGGCUUCGGGAAGUUCACCUACCAGUUUGAGUUCUUCCACAGCAGUCGUUUCAACACGAUGGUGGAUCCAGACAGUUACCCAGUGGAGGUGGAUCUGAAGGAGUUGGUCUACAUGGAGAUCACGUCCAUGACCUCUGUCCCCAACACUGAGAUGUUUGUGGAGUCCUGUAAGGCCACUCCCUCAGAAAACCCUGAGCAUUACAGCAUCAUCCAAAAUGGCUGCAAGAAGGACAAAACUGUUCAGAUCUACUCCAGUUCCCAGUCCCAGUUCCAUUUUGCAAUGGAAGCUUUUAAAUUCAUUGGGAUGCAUGACCAGGUGUACAUCAGCUGUGCGGUGAUCCUGUGUGAGGCUGAGAACCCCAACACCCGCUGUGCUCAGGGCUGCGUCAACGGCACUCAUCUCCAUGGGAGAGGUGCCUUCCUGCAGACCGUAAUCCUGAAAAACUGGUCAACUGAAUGAUGAUUUGGUCAGAUUUAGAUAU